AUGCCUAGGAAGUGGACUUCAGUUCUGCUGCUGCUCCAGUUGAGUUGCCACUUCAGCCCUGGGGGCUGUGGGAAGGUGCUGGUGUGGCCCACAGAAUACAGCCAUUGGAUCAACAUGAAGACAGUCCUGGAUGCACUUGUGCAGAGAGGUCAUGAAGUGACUGUUCUGACCUCCUCAGCUUCAAUUCUUGUUGAUCCCAAUAAACCAUCUGCUAUUCAAUUUGAGAUUUUUCCUACAUCUUUAACAAAAGAUGAUUUUGAGGAUCUUCUCAUGCAGACUAUCACUAAAUGGUCACAUGCGAGAAAAGAUACAUUUUUUACUUAUUUUUCAUUAAUGCAAGAUAUCCUUGGGGAAUAUUGUGAUUAUAUUCAAACACUCUGUAAAGAUGUAGUUUUGAACAAGAAACUUAUGACCAAACUACAGGAAUCAAGGUUUGAUGUCGUUCUUGCAGAUGCCAUUGGACCCUGUGGAGAGCUGCUGGCUGAGCUACUUAAAAUACCUUUUGUGUACAGUCUCCGCUUCUCUCCUGGCUACAACAUUGAAAAGUUCGGUGGAGGACUUCCUUUGCCUCCAUCCUACGUACCUGUUAUCUUGUCAGAAUUAAGUGAUCACAUGACAUUCAUGGAGCGAGUAAAAAAUAUGAUUUACAUGCUUUACUUUGACUUCUGGUUCCAAACAUAUAAUCUGAAGAAGUGGGAUCAAUUUUAUAGUGAUGUUCUAGGAAGACCCACUAUAUUAUAUGAGACGAUGGAGAAAGCUGAAAUAUGGCUCAUUCGAACCUAUUGGGAUUUUGAAUUUCCUCGCCCAGUCUUACCACAUUUUGAUUUUGUUGGAGGACUCCACUGCAAGCCUGCCAAACCUCUGCCUAUUACCUAUAAUAGGUAA